AUGGACGAAGAAACAACGGGGCAAAGUUGUCGAAAAUGUGACGCAGCGGACAACGAGAGUAUGGUCCAGUGUGACACCUGCGACGCCUGGUACCACUUCAACUGCGUUGGAGUACAUAGCAAUGUGGCUGACGAAAGCUGGAGCUGUGAAAGCUGCCAGAAUCAUGCAUCAACCACGAACGCACAUCCAACCGCAUCGUCAUCGCCAACUACCAAGCAAGUCAAUCCGCUUCUAAAACCUGCGACUAAUAUAGCAAAUUCUACAGUUACUACCGCUACUCCAGUAUCCACGAACUUUUCGACCUGGGCUUCUUCGAACUGGAAUUUCGAACCCAGUACAUCAGUUCAGGGAUCGCAACUGCCAAAUAAAUCAAGUGAGUAUAACCCAGGGCUACAACAAUUCACAACGGGCAGCGUCGCCACCUCUGCAAAUGAGAUCUCGUACAGUCAACCAAAAGUACUCUCGCCGGUGCAGCAAGCAGGUAUACGAAAUGGCCAAGGUAUGCAGACGCCAUUCAAUUCCGAAAUAUAUCGAAACCUUCAGCUUGAAAAGUUGGAAGAGCAGAUGAAAUUGCAACAACAAUAUUUGGACAACAAAUAUAAGAUUCUUUCGCAGUAUAACGACCUGCCCUCAUCCAGCAUUUCGAUGGCCUCUUUUAGCAAUGGGCCUACACCUGGGCAAUUAGCAGCAAGGCAGGCCAUGCCUAAGCAGCUCCCAACCUUUAAUGGCGACCCUGAAGAAUGGCCGCUGUUUAUUAGCAGUUUCGAUAACAGCACUACGGUCGCGGGGUACACCGAUGCGGAGAAUUUAAUUAGAUUACAAGCGAGCCUUAAAGGCAAAGCACGGGAGAUGGUAAAAUGUAAAUUGUUUUUGCCGUCCAUGGUCCCUGAGAUCAUAAAAACUCUUAGAAUGUGCUUUGGCAGACCUGAACACAUCCUUGAGCGCGCAAUGAAUAAAGCUCGUGCUAUGCCUGCACUGAAGGAUAAAUUGGAGGGCCUUAUUGAAUUUGCACUCUGCGUCAGGAAUAUUUGUGCCACGAUGGAGGGAUGCCAAAUGUACAUGCACCUGCAUAACCCACUGCUCGUCAAGGAGUUGGUUGACAAGCUCCCCAACAACCAAAAGCUGAACUGGGCGGUUCACCCGAAAGAUGAAAAGACUCCGGUGGUGAAACAAUUCAGCGACUGGUUGUACAAUCUAGCCGAAGCAGCCAGUACUGUCGUCUCUUUAGCACCUGCUAAAAGUAGUGCUACGGUUAACACGCAUACUAUCGACGUGAACACUCAGCAUCCAUCACCAGCUCGCAACAUACCAAGGAGCAAGCAGUGUAUAAUUUGCAAGAGCAACGAUCAUAAGGUAAUGCAAUGCGACACUUUUAAAAAAUUUACACUUCAGCGAAAAUGGGAGGAAGUUAAGGCGAACAACCUCUGUCGCCAAUGUUUGAAUCCGCAUAGACGGAAAUGUUUUAUGAAUAAAGUAUGUGGUGUAGAUGGUUGCACUAUAAAACAUAAUCCGUUACUACAUAAAACAAUCACGGUAAUGAGCCAACAAAAACCCAUCGCCGUAAGUACAAAUACAAACGAAUUUUUAGAUGCGCAGAUAAAUACGCACAGUAGCAGCCACGAAGAAAUGCAGCCACUCUUCAGAAUCGUUCCGAUUCGCAUUUAUUCUAAAAAUAAAGUACUGAAUAUAUUUGCAUUUUUAGAUGAAGGCUCUUCUGUGACGCUAAUGGAAAAAAGAAUAUUUGAUGAAUUAGGCUUGAAAGGUGAACGAGACCCUCUGUGUUUGCGGUGGACAGGUAACACGACGCGUGUUGAAGAAAAUUCUGUGCGGGCGGCCAUCGAAAUUUCGAGUGUGACAAAUUGGCAGAAAUAUACUCUCAAGAAUAUUCAUACUGUUGACGAUCUCAAUCUUCCGGCACAGUCAAUCAAUGCAUCUGCGAUGGAGCGGCUAUAUCCAUAUCUAGCGGGACUGCCAAUUGCAUCAUAUAACAACGUAAAACCAUCAUUGCUUAUCGGUGCGGACAACUGGAGAUACGAUGAGCUGCAUGAGACUGUAAAAGAAUUCUUCACGUUAGAGUCAUCCAAACCUACUCAGCUACUGUCGGAAGAAGAUGCCAAAGCUGUGAGUAUUGCGAAUAACACUUGUAAAAAGGGCGAUAACUUUUACGAAAUUGGGCUACCGUGGCGUACCUCAAGUGCAUUGCUACCCAAUAACUAUGUAUAUGCUUUACAACGGCUGAUGUGUUUGCAGAGGAAGUUUGUUAAGGAUCCUAUGUUAAAAUCUAAUAUUCAAAUUCAAAUCAAUAAUCUACUUUCCAAGGGGUACGCGAAAAAACUCUCCCCGAUUGAGGCUGCUAUUUCUAACGGUAAAACAUGGUAUUUGCCUAUUUUCAUUGUAAGCAAUCCAAAUAAGCCUGGAAAGCUUCGGAUGGUGUGGGAUGCUGCUGCAAAGGUGAACGGGGUGUCACUCAACGACUUCCUACUGAGUGGCCCAGACUUACUUAACCCACUCGUUAGUAUUUUAUUAGCUUUUAGAGUAGGCAGAGUGGCUAUAUGCGGUGAUAUAGCGGAGAUGUUUCACCGUAUCAAUAUACGGGACAGCGACAUGCAUGCUCAGCGAUUUUUGUGGUGCGAUGACGGUGAUGAUCCUCAGCAACCAAGUAUUUAUGUCAUGCGAGCGUUGACCUUCGGACUGAAUUGCGCUCCGUUUAUUGCCCACUACAUACGUGACAAAAACGCCGACCAUUUUGAAAAUGAACUUCCUCGAGCCGUAGAAGCUGUAAAGAAGAACCAUUACGUGGAUGACUUUAUUGACUGUGGAGAUGAUGAACAAUCUGCGUUAGAAUUGGCUCAACAAGUAAAAAAAAUUCAUGGCGCCGCUGGCUUCAAUAUACGUGGCUGGUCUUCAAAUUCCAAAUUUGUCGUGGAGCAGCUCGAAGAAGAUCCUAUGUCAGUUCAAUCCGUCAAAGAAUGGGGUUCAACCACGAAAGUCCUCGGUAUGUUUUGGGACCCUUUAAGCGAUAAUUUUAAAUAUAUUUGUAGAUUUGCGAGACUUCGUCGCGAUGUUAUUAACGAAUCGAUCAUACCAACGAAAAGAGAAGCACUCCAAGUUUUAAUUUCGAUCUUCGACCCUCUUGGAUUUGUUUGCUGCUACACCGUAGGGUUAAAGAUCUUGCUGCAAGAUGUAUGGCGAUCUGGUCUCGCCUGGGACGACCCGCUCCAAGACAAUCUUUUCGACAAAUGGAACCAGUGGAAGUCCAUUAUGCCAUUAAUAACAGCUGCCGAAAUACCUCGAUGUUAUUCACUAUUGCUGAAAGAUGCUGAAGAUGUUCAACUUCACACCUUCGUUGAUGCCGGGGAAAGCGCGUAUGCAGCCGUUUGCUACUUGCGUGUAUCAAAGGGAAACGACGUCACGGUUAGUCUAGUGGCUGGUAAAUCCAAAGUCGCACCGCUAAAGCCAUUAUCGAUACCCAGACUAGAGUUGCAGGCGGCGGUAAUUGGUGUGAAGCUGGCGAACAUGGUAAGCAAUACGCAACGUAUUAACAUAAUGUCGAAAUAUUGGUGGACAGACUCAAAGACGGUGCUAAGAUGGAUGCGAAUGGACCCUAAAAACUUCCACCAAUUCGUGAUGCAUAGAAUAGGUGAAAUUCUAGAGGCGUCAAACGUAAGCCAGUGGCGGUGGGUUCCCUCGAGAAAUAAUCCCGCCGAUUUAGCUACAAAAACAACUACACGUCAGUGCUACCAAUUGUGGUUUACCGGCCCAAAUUUUUUAAGGUCGAGCGCAGAAGCUUGGCCGCAGUGCGAAGAGUUAAGCUUAGAGGAGUGCGACGAUUCGGAAAUUAAACAUUAUGUUCUACAUAUGAAAAAGGAACACAUGAACAACCUGAUGCUGAACGUGGAGCACUUUUCCAGCUGGAAACGUUUGUAUCGAGCCGUGGCUACAUUUUUAUUUUACGUCGACCGAUUACGCUCAGUUGUGCUAGCAAGGCAACGAAAAACAUCCAUCGACUUUGACAUGAUUCAGAAAGCUCAAUGUCUUCUUAUAAGGUAUGCUCAGUCCAGUGAAUAUUGUGAAGAGAUCAGGUGCCUCAAACGCGGUAAGAAUAUUGACAACUCUAGCAAACUCUUUACUUUAAACGUUUACUUAGACACAGAUGGCAUAAUAAGAUGCAAAAGUCGAGUUGAACACUUAAACAACCAUGAAGAUAUUAUAGUGAUGCCUAAUUCUCAUCAUGUCACCUUUUUAAUAGUGCGUUGGGCUCACGAAAAUUUCCAUCACCUGAUGCAUGAGUCUGUAAUCAAUCAAAUUCGUGGUACAUACUUUAUAAAUCGACUGAGGGUGUUGUAUAAAAGAGUGCGCGCAGAGUGUCAAAAAUGUAAAAACCAUAGCUCAAUUCCUCAGCCGCCACAAAUGGCAGCGCUGCCGGCUGCAAGGAUUGCCGCUUUCGAGAGGCCCUUCACGUAUGUAGGUAUCGACUAUUUUGGCCCAUUGCUUGUCAUCGUGGGAAGAAGGCGAGAAAAGAGAUGGGGCGUUCUAUUUACAUGUCUAACGCUUCGCGCUAUACACAUCGAAGUUGCCCACAGCUUAAAUACCAGUUCCUGUAUCAUGGCGAUACGCAACUUUAUAUCACGACGCGGCUAUCCCAGGGAGAUAUUCUCGGACAACGGCACCAAUUUCAAGGCAUCUGAAAAAAUAAUUAGCGAGAGUCUGAAAAAUAUCGAUUUGAAUGGUAUCGCCUCAUCUUUCGACCGAGUAAAAUGGAGAUUUAAUCCACCAAGCACCCCCCAUAUGGGUGGUGCAUGGGAAAGGCUUGUGAGAUCAGUGAAGACGGUGCUUUAUGAAAUACUACCUUCAACAAGUUUCAGCGAUGAAAGCUUGCGAAGUGCAUUGAAUGAAGUAGAAUUUAUCCUGAACGCCCGCCCGCUUACAUUUGUUUCUUUGGAAAAUGGUGACGACGAGGCUCUUACUCCCAACCACUUGCUGAUUGGGUCAUCGGAUGGCUACAGGCCAAUAUGUAGCGACACCGUCAAUCUGCGUCAACGUUGGCAAUUGACCCAACAAUUCGCUGACCGCUUUUGGCAUCGAUGGGUGAAGGAAUAUAUACCGGUCAUCUCUAGACGUACCAAGUGGUUCACAAAACAACGCCCAGUACGUAUUGGCGAUGUCGUGGUAAUUGCAGACCAAGACCUGCCGAGGAACUGCUGGCCGAAAGGCAGAAUUGUAGAUGUGGUAAAAGCGAAGGAUGACCAAGUUCGGAGCGCUAUGGUAGAAACCAAAUCAGGCAUUCUUCAUCGACCGAUUGCAAAAGUAGCGGUGUUAGACGUCGGUACCUAG